ACCGGGCUUCAGCUUAGCCUUUGAUUGCCCCCGACCCCAAUCGUGAUCCAACAAAUUUGAUGUUGUGGUGUCCGCGUAAUGUCGAUGGAGCCUGUUUGAGCCCAAGCUAACAAAAAUUCGCACAAUAGGCGGUCGUGCCAACGCGGGGAGACUUCAAAGCCAUGUCAUUACCUCCUGUGUUUUACCACUAUUUCCAAACGCCCUUACCCUACACGAGAACGCUCGCUUUACAAGAGAGACUGCACCAAAUCCAGCUCUCUGCUCGUCGCACCUCAUCCCAUCAUGACGUCCUUCUGCUCCUGCAACACCGACCCGUUUACACGGCUGGGCGUCGGCAGAACGCUGAAGAGCUCGUUGCCGAAAGAACGCGUCUCACUCAGCUCGGCGCCGACUUUGCUACAACGUCACGUGGCGGUCAAUUGACGUAUCACGGACCCGGUCAGCUCGUCGGAUACCCGCUUCUCGAUCUCGGUCGGACGUCGCCGGCAAUGGGAACUAGGGACUACAUAUGUCGGAUGCAACGAGCGAUACAAGCAUGUCUUGCAGGGGAACACGGGUUGCGGAAUGUUCCUUCAGAGCACACAGGCGUGUUCCUGGACGCUACGACGAAAGUUGCUAGUAUUGGUGUGCAGGUCCGCCAUAGACUGACAAUGCACGGAUUUGCGAUGAACGUAACCAAGGAACCGUUGGCGUGGUUCGACAGGGUGGUGGCUUGUGGACUUGGGGAGGUGAAAGCGGGGUGUAUAGAGCUGGCGACCGGGAAGGCCGUUCGAGUUGAUGAUAUGGUGGAAGGCAUAAUCGCUGCGUUCGGAACGAUGUACGGCAGACAUAUGGAAAGGCUGAGGGUCGAGUCUGCUGGUGAGAUUGGGGAAGCUAUCGUGGCUUUGGAAGAAGAGGCACUGGCAGCAGGAGACUGGCCAAAGAGUCCCGCUACGCUACCCCACUAGUAUGUAAUUACAACAGAACCAAGGACGCAUAUCAGAUGCCGUGGG